CUUUGACGACGUACUAUAAGUAGCUACCUAGGAUCCCUUGGUUUUGUAUGAAAUGAACUUCCGCAUUAGCAUACCUCUUUCUUGCUAGAAUACAAUCUAUCUCUCCGAUCCUGGGCUGGCUCAUAUAAGUUAUAUUCCAUUGCCUCUCCUACAAAUCAGUUUAAGUGCUAGAAGAACAAAAAAAGUACCAAUGGAGAAAUAUCUUCGAGGCGGGCCGGGUCAGCCAUCGACAAUGGUGAUGGUGCCAUUGCUUCACCUGCUGGCCGGGUUUGCCCCGUUUUGUUUCAGUUGGGAUUGUGUAGGGGUGUGGUUAGCGACAUACAUCUUCGCCGGCCUUGGAAUAACGCUCGGUUAUCACCGGAAUUUGUGUCACAAGAGUUUCAAGCUCCCCAAAUGGCUCGAGUAUUUUUUUGCCUAUUGGGGUGCUCUAGCUCUUCAGGGGGAUCCAAUUGGUUGGGUGAGUACUCAUAGAUACCACCACAAAUAUACCGAUUCUAUGAAAGACCCUCACAGUCCCCUUGAAGGAUUUUGGUUCAGUCACGUGGGAUGGAUCUUUGAUGUUGAAUCAGAAAAAGAAAGGAGUGAAAAGCAAACAAAUGUAGCAGAUUUGGAGAAUCAACCAUUCUACAAGUUCCUCCAACAGACCUACACUAUUCAUCCUACUAUACUUGGAGUAUUGCUUUAUGCCAUUGGCGGAUUUCCUUAUGUUGUUUGGGGCCUGGGAGUGAGAGGUACAUGGGGAUAUCACGUGACAUUUCUUGUGAACUCUGCGUGUCACAUAUGGGGAAAUCAACCUUGGAAAACCAACGACCUAUCUAGAAAUAAUUGGUUAGUGGCAUUGGUCACAUUUGGAGAAGGGUGGCAUAAUAACCAUCAUGCCUUUGAGCACUCAGCUAGGCAUGGUCUAGAAUGGUGGCAGCUUGAUACAACUUGGUGCACCAUUUGGACACUCCAAAAGUUGGGUUUGGCUACUCAUAUCAAGUUGCCCACAGAAGCACAAAAGAAAAAGCUGGCUUUGAACGGCAACCAAACAACUGAUGGGAUUCCACAGCUUCUUAAAUAAAAGCCGAUGUGAAAAUCUAUAAAUUUUACCAAGUUCUCUGCUAUCCCCGAUCCCCAUUUUAGUCUAGCUUCUUACUUUUGUAUAAGGCCCAUUUCAAAAUAAAUGAAUAUACGUCAAUGCCUUACCAGUUGCUGAUCAUAAAUAACCUUUGGCUUGAAUCACA